UCGCCAGCCGCGCUAUUGCCGCACAGACCGUCGACGCGAGAGGCAUUGCAUCGUCAAAUUAAAAAGUAAACUGUCACCUGUGUGACGUUCGCGCCCUUUCCAAACUUUUUUAAUUUGGAUUUUGUGACGUGCCAGUGUUUUUAGUCUCAAGUUUUUUCUGGAUUGUUGUGCUUUUUCGACAGUGCGCGGCGAACAGUGGACGGUGGUGUGUGUUGUGUGAUGAUACUCUGCCACUCUGUGUGUUAAGAGUGUUAGCAUGAGGGGGAGCGUUUGCCGGCUUUUGCUGUUGGCGCAUGCAGUCUGCGCCAUCACGGGACCAAGGAUAGACAAUGAGUACGAUAGAAGACGGCAGGUGUCGCUGGGGCAUCCUGGUUUCAACGAGCACCAGACGAGGUUCGGCGUGAACUCUCCGCUGCAGAACUUCCAGACCCCUCCCUCCCCCUUCCCCCCCACUCAGCCCUCCUUCUUCCAGCAGCAGCCGCUGUUCCCCAACCAGCAGAACCAGCCCUACGUGCCGCAGUUCAACCCGCAGCUGCUGCCCAGCCAGAACCCCCUCAACAAUGUCCAGAUCCAGAGCAGCAUCCCUGCCUCGCUCCCGUUUGGCUUCGGCAAUCAAGCCCAGAACAUAAACCUCCUCCAGAACACAUUCUCUCAGCCAACUCUUCCUCCACCGAACCGGAAUAUUCAAAUACAAAACCAACCUCUUCCUACUCUGCCCUCUUUCAACAAUGGUUUUCCAUUGAACCAAAAUUUACCUUCAUUCCAAAACCCAAACCUUCAAGGUAACACGGUGAACAUCGGCAACCAGAGGCCCACUCAAGCCGCUUUCCUGCCCACAAUCCCACCUCAACAGCAGCAGCCAACCUUCGGCCAGCCUAAUCCUAUAUCUGUCCAGCCAGCCCCCAACCUCGGCCCCCAGCAGAACCCCAACCUCGUCCAGCAAGCCCCAAAUCUCAAUGAUGCACAAAUACCCUUCCAACCUACUCUCGGUCAAGCCCCACUAUUCGGAAACAGCCAAACUUCGCAAAUCCAAAACUUCUUUGAACAACAAUCAAAGGAAAACAUUGAAAAGUUGAAGGAACUACAGGAACGCCAAAGAAUCAUACAAAAGCACCAAGAAUUCGUCCAAAAGCACCAACAGAAGCAACAGGAGAAAGUUGAGAAACUUCACGAAGAAUUCGUACAGAAACAGGCGACUAAAACGACUCCAGCAGUGUUCUCCACCACGGAAAGUUACGAAGAACUAUUCAGAAACCAAGAGAAGCGUCGGCCGCUGCAGCCUCAUGAGACUGACUUGUUCAGGAAAGCCGUGGAGCUGUACGAGAAACAGCACCCAACGACCACGACGACCACUACUACCACCACGACGACGACCACGCCGCCGCCCCCACCGCGCCCCACGCGCGUCUGGAACCGUCCGCGCCCCACCCCCGCGCCGCGCGCCCGCAACCCGCCCCAAGACAAGAACAAGCAGAAGCUCUACCAUGAGAUCAAGAACCUGCUCGAAGAAAGCGAAACUAAGGGCUUCGAUGACAACCUGAGGGCCAAGAGCGUUGCACUCCUUCAGAAACCCGACAUCCUGAAGCAAUUAAGAGUGGCUCUAGCUGAAAAUCCUGAAGACUUCAAUGAAAAGAAUUUCACAUCGCGGGAGAUUUCUCUCAACGGUCAAAAGUUCGAGGUCAUCAGAACCUCAAACCCCAAUUUAAUACCAAAAGGUGCCGCCACAAUAACCGCUGAUGGAUCCAGCCUGUCGCAAGUGGUCACUGCGUCACCACAGAAAGACAGCCGAAUUUCAUUUGAAGACCUGACGAAGGGAGUUUUACCACCCGGAGCUAACUUUGAACUCAUUAAACAAUCCGAAAAUGGAAAGCUAGAGGAAGUAUCUAAAAUACCCAAUAAUUUACAAAAUAAAAAGAAAGUAACAUUUGUUUUCCUAGAAGAACAAGACGAUGGCUCUUACAAAGUAAAGGGUGUUAAAGCCAACGGACAACAAACGGAAGAAGGUCCUGAAGUGGAAAACAUUUUGAACAAAAUUAAGAAGGGUGAAAUCCAGCUGCCUGGUUCCACCAAGAUAUCCAACACUGUCUCAACAGCUUCAACAUCGGCUCCUAUAACUGACUCCACCGACUACGUAGCGGCUUCGUCUCACCAUCCGUCCAGCUACUCCAGCUUUGUGACCACAUCCAACCACGGCACCACUGGACACUCCAACCCAGUCAUACACACGACACCCUUACCGAGCACAUCCUACAGACAGUCUACAAAUUACUUGAACAAUUUACAAACUGCCCAAUCGGUAAGGACAGCCAGGCCUUAUACCUCUUCUACCAAGCACGGAUCAACUACUGAAAGAUACGUAGCUCAGUCCACUCAGUCAACUUACAUCCCGAACCAGCAGCCUACUCUUCAGACCACCCGCAACCCUUACUUCACUGGGUCCACCGUAGUGAGCUCCACGCCAUCUUACCGCCCCACGACCCACGAGCAAGACUUGGUCGUGAUUGGCUCCAGCACGCAAAGCCCCUUGGAGGCCGCUUCAGCCCCUCACUCAGACUUCGCGAGACAAGCGAACCCUGGACUCGUAGAGAUUCUGAAGGAAAGCGGUCUGUUCGCUACGGCCAAGUACUUGCGGCAAUCUGGCCUCGACACCAUCCUCAAUGAGACCGGACCGUACACCAUCUUCGCUCCUACAGACAAGGCCUUCAGGACUCUGUUGGUACAACUGGGAGGUCCGGACCGCGCUGAAGAGAAAUUCCGGGACAACCCUCGACUGCUCAGUGGCCUGCUCCUCCACCACGUGAUCCCUGGAGCGUUCGACAUCGCCUCCUUACAAGACGAGAUGACCGGAGUCUCUCUAGCUGGCACGCAACUUAGAGUCAACCAGUACGACAUGCACGAUGUGGAGUGGAACGAGGUGCGCGUCACCACCAUCAACGGAGCUAGAGUGCUGGAGGAUAAGAAGGAUAUUCAUAUACCGCAGGGAAUAGCUCACGCGGUGGACCGGGUGAUGUUCCCGCUGCCGGUAGGAGACCUGGUGCAGACGCUGCAGGCGGACCGGGACCGCCGCUUCACCACCUUCCUGAAGGCUAUCUUCGCCAGCGGCUUCGCGGAAACUUUAGCAGAAAGCAAAACAUACACGAUAUUCGCACCCACCGACGCGGCGUUCGCGCGGCUCCCGCCGGCCGAGCUGGCUCGCUACAGCGACCGGACGGCUGCCAAGGCGCUGGUGGCGCGCCACAUCCUGCCGGGCACCCUGUAUAGUGCCGGCAUGAGGUACUACCAGCUACGGAACUCUAUGGAGGACGCCAAGCCGCUGACGUUGCAGAAGAGCUCUGGACGCAUCAAGGUGAACAACGCACAAGUUUUGACUCACAACAUUCCAGCCACAAACGGAGUUAUUCACGCUAUUGAUAAUAUUCUCUAACUCUAAGCUAAGCCGCCAUUUUUACUUCGGAUGCUACUUUACCCGCCAAAUUAGCUUCAGUGAAGCCAUAGAGUAAAUUAUAUGAAGCAUAGAUUCUUGGACAAACUGCCACUAUUUUUAAAAUCUAAAUGAUUGAGAAAUCGUUUUUGUUAGCUUCUCGAUUCAUAUUAUUGUAAUUAAAUUAGAGAACUGUAAAUAUAUUUUAAUAUUAGAUUAGAAGAUAAUUUAUAUUAUGCGUGUUAGUGUUGUUGUAAAUAAAUAAUUUUAUUAUUAA